UUUUUUCUAACGUUGGUUACAAUGUCAUUUGACAACUAAUUUUGUAAUAAAUAUGUAUUGUUUAUCAAAUGUAAACGUUUAAUUUGCUGACAUAUAUGUAUGCAGUUUUCGGUGUACAUAUAGGUAAUAAAAAUGUUUUUUAACCGCGUGAAAAAUGCAGUAAUAGGUGCAGUUAGUAGUGGUAGCGAACUAAAUGGAUUCGGUAGUGAAAGUUCGAAUUCGGGUAAACAAAACCAACACCAUUUGGCACCCAAAUUUCCUUAUGGCAGGCCUCACUUCUUGCAUUUGGAAGACGACGAAGUUCAAAUGUCAGCUGAUCACAAACUAAGGCCAAUCAUACACCCCAGCAAAUCUCUACCACACCAUACAGGCUAUGCUGAGUGUGUAAAUGCUGGAAAAUCGAAGUGGAAUGAAGAUCAGGCUGUAUAUAGACAGGGCGUUCUUAGCAAAGUAGUAACCGUAGAGAAUGGCAAUCAGACUUCUGCUGCUUCACAAACAUUUUCAAUACCUUAUACGUACUAUGGAAUUUUCGAUGGACAUGCUGGAGUAGGGGCUGCUUUAUGUGCAGCCAAUCAGUUGCACCACAUAUUACAUGAGAAAUUGGUUGAUGCUCAGGAUGAUAUUUGGGCCGAUUUAAGUAAAAAUAAAAAAAAUGGCAAAUCAGCGGAUUCCUUACUAAUGGGCGCUUUAGAAUCCGCUUUUAAUGAAAUGGAUCAAUUAAUAGCUGAAGAUAGAAAUAAGUACCAAGCAGCUGGUGGUUGCACAGCCCUUGUAGCUUUAUUUAUAUUAGGCAAACUAUAUCUAGCAAAUGCUGGCGAUUCUAGAGCAAUCAUAUGUAAGAAUGAAGAAUUUUUGCCCAUCUCCAUGGAUUUCACACCGGAAAAUGAGAGGGAUAGAAUAAGAAAACUGGCCGACGAACAACCUGCACUUUUAGGCACUAAUUUUACAUCUCGCGAAUAUACACAACAGCCAAGAUCAGAUGAUUUGGGCAAAACAAUAAUGUACAGGGAGGCUCACAUGAAGGGCUGGGCUUAUAAAACCCUGCAGCCAGAUGACUUAAAAAUAUCUGUGAUUACUGGGAGUGGCAAAAGGAGCCGUGUAAUGGGCACAAUAGGGGUGACCAGAGGCUUUGGAGACCACGACCUACUAGCAAUAUAUCAAAAAACCCCGAUAAAGCCGUUUUUAUCCCCGCACCCUGAAGUACAAGUUCACAAAAUAGUCAGCAUGGAUGAAAAGGAGGUGUUAGUUAUGGGUACUGAUGGUCUUUGGGACGUUUUAGCCGGCACUAAAGCGGCCGAAAUCGUAUCAAAAUCUAUAAACACUUUUAUGGAGAAGGAGAGAUAUGUAAGUGCGGCAACAUGCCUGGUUGGGUUUGCUAGAGGCACUCUAGCCAAUGAGAAUCAAAUGUGGCACUUGAAAGGUGGAAAACAAGCUUCGUGUGAUGACAUUUCAGUAUUUGUUAUACCUCUGUUACCUUACAAGUUAGAAUUCGAAGAAUUAAUGCAGAAAUAUUUUCCUGAUAAGUAGUUUUAAGUUAAAAGAAAAAGUAUUUUAUUAUAAUGAUUUCAUUCCACUGAGCGAAAAUGUAUAUAUGUGAGAUGUUUUGUAAAGAUGACUUGAUGUAUGGACGCGUUAAGUAAUAAAGUUUUAAUACUCU